AUUUUUAGUUCUGCCUCGACAGCGUCAACAACGCUUAGAGACAUACAAAUUAAUACAAUACAACAUUUUUCCACAAAUUUACCAAACCACAUUCAAGAAUGUUGAGAUUUUUGACUAAGUCCACGCUGCAACGUAGCUCCCAACUGGUGGGACAGAAUCUGUGUCGCGGAUAUGCCAAGGAUGUCAAGUUUGGACCAGAGGUGAGGGCGAUGAUGCUGCAGGGCGUGGAUGUUCUUGCAGAUGCCGUCGCCGUAACCAUGGGUCCCAAAGGACGUAAUGUGAUCAUCGAACAGAGUUGGGGAUCACCGAAAAUAACCAAGGAUGGGGUGACUGUGGCUAAGUCAAUAGCGCUAAAGGAUAAGUUCAUGAACAUCGGUGCCAAACUGGUGCAGGAUGUGGCCAACAACACGAAUGAGGAGGCCGGUGAUGGCACCACAACGGCAACGGUGCUCGCUCGUGCCAUUGCCAAGGAAGGAUUCGAGAAGAUCUCCCGUGGCGCUAAUCCUGUGGAGAUCCGACGUGGCGUCAUGUUGGCCAUUGACUCGGUCAAGGAGAAUCUGCGCAGUAUGUCGCGGCCGGUUAGCACUCCCGAGGAGAUUGCCCAGGUGGCAACCAUCUCGGCAAAUGGUGACAAAUCGGUGGGCAAUCUAAUCAGUAAGGCAAUCAAGAAGGUCGGACGCGAAGGCGUCAUUACCGUCAAGGAUGGCAAAACGAUGAAUGAUGAGCUGGAGGUGAUUGAGGGCAUGAAGUUUGAUCGAGGCUACAUUUCGCCGUACUUCAUCAACAGCUCCAAGGGCGCCAAAGUUGAAUUCCAGGAUGCAUUGCUCCUCUUCUGCGAGAAGAAAAUCAAGACGGCGACGAGCAUUGUGCCAGCUCUUGAAUUGGCCAAUACUCAACGGAAGCCUUUGGUCAUCAUUGCCGAGGAUGUCGAAGGUGAAGCGUUAAGCACCAUGGUGGUGAAUCGCCUCAAGGUCGGACUGCAGGUGUGCGCUGUGAAGGCCCCGGGCUUUGGGGAUAAUCGCAAAGAGUCGCUGGCUGAUAUGGCUAUUGCCACCGGUGGCAUCGUCUUUGGCGACGAAUCGAAUCUGGUGCGCCUGGAGGACAUUAAGGUGAGCGAUUUUGGGCGAGUUGGGGAAAUUGUGGUCACCAAGGAGGAUACCAUGCUGCUGAAGGGUUUUGGACAGCGUCCGAUGAUUGAUAAGCGUCUGGAGAAUCUGCGCGAUGCCAUCAAGGAAUCUACUUCCAACUAUGAGAAGGAGAAAAUGCAAGAGCGUCUGGCCAAGCUGUCGUCGGGUGUUGCCCUGCUCCGCGUCGGAGGCUCCAGCGAUGUGGAGGUGAAUGAGAAAAAGGAUCGUGUGAAUGAUGCCCUCAACGCCACUCGAGCGGCCAUCGAGGAGGGCAUUGUACCAGGAGGCGGCACAGCGCUACUCCGCUGCAUCGGCAAGUUAAAUGAUCUGCGGGGUGCCAAUGAGGAUCAAAAUCUGGGCAUCGAUAUUAUACGUCGUGCUCUGCGCAUGCCCUGCAUGACAAUUGCAAAGAAUGCCGGUGUCGAUGGUGCCAUGGUGGUGGCCAAGGUCGAGAUUCUAGACGGCGACUAUGGCUACGAUGCACUCAAGGGCGAAUACGGCAACAUGAUCGAGCGUGGCAUCAUCGAUCCCACCAAGGUGGUACGCACGGCGAUCAUUGAUGCCGCUGGUGUUGCAUCGCUGCUGACCACUGCCGAGGCGGUCGUCACCGAGCUACCCCUGGAGGAGGCAAAUCCAAUUGCUGGCAUGGGCGGCAUGGGUGGCAUGGGCGGAAUGGGCGGAAUGGGUGGCAUGGGUGGACUGGGCAUGUAGUCCCCCUGCCUCAGCUCCUCAUUCUCAAGCAAUACACUAACACACUAUGCGAGGCUCGGUAAGAAGGUUUAUUUCUUGGAAUGUGGUACGAUAGUUUUCACACAGAUUUCUCACAAUUUUCUUAUUUUCAUUACUGGACUGCAGAACUGAACGUAAUCGUUUGUUUACACAUAUUACAUACAAUGAUCUACACAAUGCUCAACAUUUUCGCCAUUUUAUUCGAUAUUUACCCAACAAAAAAAAAUAUUACACAAAAAUGACGUUAAAUUAUGAAUGUUUUCAGUGUAAAAUAAAUGUGUUGCAAUGACAAAAAAAAUGCUGGUAAUUCCUAGGCAUCGGAGAUGCUUCCUUCUGCCUGUUACAUUAUCUUGCACAACAUCAUUGUACACAACCUUA